AUGUGGCUACCGAAAACAGAUGCGACAACCAAAGGAACAAGAAGUGGUUCAGUUGCUAUUGCAAUAGACAACGACAAAACUAGCCAAAAUGCUCUCAAAUGGACAAUGGAGAAUCUUACUUCUCGUGGUCAAACUCUUGCUCUUAUUCAUGUCGUUCCCAAAUCUCAAUCUUCUUCAGAUAUUGAAGAAGGAAUAACGCAUAAGCAGCAGCUGGAGAAGCAAACAAAACAUCUCUUUGUAUCUUUCCACUGUUUUUGCAGCCGUAAAGAGAUUAAUUGUCUGGACGUUGUGCUUGAAGAUGUAGACAAAGUCAAAGCAAUAGUCGAAUACGUUACAGUUUCUGCUAUUGAGAAUUUAGUACUUGGUGCUCCAUCAAGAAACAGCUUUAUGAGAAGAUUCAAAACGGAUUUACCAACGAGUGUAUCAAAAGCAGCUCCAGAUUUCUGCAAUGUCUACGUCAUUGCCAAAAGCAAAAUCUCUUCCUUACGAAGCUCCUCACGUCCUGCUCCUUACCAUCCUUCAGUUCUCAGCGAAUUUGACAAUCACGAAACCUCUGAGAACAGACACAAAACACGUGAGACUACCACGCCAGCAUAUUCUAAGGCACGAAGAUCAGUCGAUUCAGAUGUUCCAAGAUCAGUGUUUGCGAAACCACCACAAGGACAUAUGAAAGUAAUGGGGGACUUCUCAGAUUCAGAGUCCGAGUUCUCAUUCAUAAGUGCUUCACAACAAGGAUCUGACAUUUCCUAUAUCAGCUCAGGGAGGCCGAGUGUAGAUCGGUCCUCAUUUACCUACGACUUACCAGACUCAGCAAGAACCUCAAGAAUGUCAACAAGCUCAGAGCAGAGCAUGGGUUCAAAUAGAUUAGGAAUCAAGUUUACGGAUUUGGGUUUUCUCAAUAACGCUUCUUCGGCUUCUGAAGAGAGUGGCAGAACUUCUUGCUCCUACUCAUCUCAAAGCUUGGGUGAUGUUGAAGCUCAAAUGAGGAGACUGCGUUUAGAGCUAAAACAAACCAUGGAUAUGUAUAGCUCGGCUUGCAGAGAAGCUUUAACCGCAAGGAACGAGGCAACAGAGCUGCAGAGGCUAAGGUCAGAAGAGGAGAGAAGAAUGGAAGAACUAAAGAUGACAGAGGAGACAGCAAUGUCAAUGGUGGAGAAGGAGAGAGCAAAGGCCAGAACAGCCACGGAAGCUGCUGAAGCUGCACGCAGGCUUGCGGAAGCAGAAGCAAAGAGAAGACUAAACGCAGAGAUGAAGGUAUUGCAAGAAAACGACUCUUUCCCACGACAUAGCAUCGUCCGAUACAGAAAAUACUCUGUUAAAGAAAUCGAAGAAGGAACUGCAAACUUUGCAGAGUCAAGGAAAGUGGGAGAAGGUGGAUAUGGACCUGUGUUUAGAGGUCAUCUUGAUCACACAAGUGUUGCUGUUAAGGUCUUGCGUCCUGAUGCUGCUCAGGGAAGAUCACAGUUUCACAAAGAGGUUGAAGUACUAAGUUGCAUAAGGCAUCCAAACAUGGUCCUUCUCUUAGGAGCUUGUCCAGAAUACGGCAUCCUCGUAUACGAAUACAUGGCCAAAGGAAGCUUAGACGACCGCCUCUUCAGACGCGGAAACACUCCCGCCAUAUCAUGGCAACUGCGUUUCAGAAUCGCAGCCGAGAUCGCUACGGGUCUCCUCUUCCUACACCAGACCAAACCAGAACCGAUCGUCCACAGAGACUUGAAACCAGGAAACGUCCUCCUCGACCACAACUACGUCAGCAAGAUCAGCGACGUGGGGCUCGCGAGACUCGUCCCGGCCGUAGCAGAGAACGUGACACAGUACAGAGCCACAUCAGCUGCAGGAACGUUCUGUUACAUCGACCCUGAGUAUCAGCAAACAGGGAUGCUGGGUGUGAAGUCGGAUGUUUAUUCGCUAGGGAUCAUGCUUUUGCAGCUUUUGACAGCGAAACAGCCAAUGGGUUUGGCUUAUUAUGUGGAGCAAGCGAUCGAAGAAGGGAAGCUUAAAGAAAUGCUUGAUCCUGCGGUACCGGAUUGGCCACUAGAGGAGGCUAUGGAUCUUGCUAAGUUAUCGUUACAAUGUGCUGAGCUGAGAAGAAGAGAUAGGCCUGAUCUUGGUAAAGAAGUGAUGCCUGUGCUUAAUAGACUAAGAGAGAUGGGUGAAGAGAGCCUUGAGAGUGUGUAUUAUGCUGGACAUGGACCGAUGUCACAUUCUAGCCAAGUCUCUUAUAUAUCGGAAGGUAGGAGUGCUCCUUAUAUAUCGAAUGCAGGAUCCUCUAUAUCUAAUGGAGGGUCUUCUAUGUCAAACCCAUCGGUUUGAGCACAGACAAGGAAUCUGG